AUGCCUCCCAUUUCUGGCCAGUCUCUCCUCGUCAUCGGCGGCUCAUCUGGAAUCGGUGCUGCCGUCGCCAGAUUAGCUGCUGAGCAAGGCGCCCGUGUGUCCAUCGCUUCCUCCAACUCGAAAAGGGUGGCCAACGCCGUCGAAAAAAUAAAAACGCAGGCCUCAAUCCGCGACACGCACAUCCGGGGGUUUACCAUCGACCUCUCCGAGCCAGACGUCGAGCAGGGCCUGGAGAGACUCCUCACCGAGACCACGGUCGACUCCCGGCUCGACCACAUCGUCGUAACGGCGGGCCAGGCUGGAAUCCUGCCCGUGACAAGAGUCGACCGCGAGUAUCUUCUCGGCCAGGCUCAGUUGACGAUUGUCGUGCCUACACUGCUCGCCAAACUUGCCCCGCGCUUCCUUAAGCCGAACUACACCUCGAGUCUCGUUUUCUGUGGUGGCAGGCUCGGCGAGAAGCCCAUCAAGGGCUGGCCCGCUGCUGCUGCCUAUGCAGCCGGCCUAGACGGGCUGACUCGCGCGCUGGCACUCGACCUGGCGCCGCUGCGUGUCAAUGUCGUACAUCCCGGUGCAACGGAGACAGAGAUUUGGGGUCCGACACCGGAGGCGCGGAGGGCAACGAAGGAGUUCUUUGCUUCGACGGCCCUUCUCGGCAAGGUAGGGGCGCCAGAGGAGGUGGCUGAGGCGUUCGUUUACUUGCUCAGGGAUUCCAAUAUCACGGGCACUAGCCUGCAUUCAAGUGGAGGAAUCCUUCUCCAUUGA